CGUUGAUGGACAAGCCAAAUCCGUGAUGAAAUGAUAUGCUGUCACAGAUAGGCUCAUCACAGGCUCUAUCGAGUCGCUACUAUGGAGGCUCAUGCCACGCCCAAUUCGACACCCGGAUCAGUUCGUGUCAGACCUCGAACGUCACGGGCUUGCAACGUUUGUCGAGCUCGAAAAGUCAAGUGCGAUGGCAACUUGCCAUGUCGAAAAUGUGCAAACAGCCAUGUCGAUUGCAUCUAUCCCGGUACGGUCAAGUCGCGGUCGGAUGGUAGUGUCAGAUCCCUCGCGCCGAAGCCUUCACAAAGGCAACAACCAACGGAAGCCGGCACGGAUCAAGCACUGCAAUCAAAUACACGCACGUUCGAUGAUCCAGUCACCAACAAGAAACAGCAAGAGCUGAGGGCUGGAAUUGGUGCUUUCGAUCGAAAUACGGAUGCCUACCAGUUCUACGGUCCUUCGUCCCACUUUUCAUUCGUGCAACGCUUGUAUCAACGUAUCAAGCGUCAAAGUAAUGCACCGCUGAACGUACCGCCGCAAGUACCAGAGGGCCUUCGCAAAUGGGGCAUUGAACGUCAAAUAUUCACUCAUGGCGAUGCCUCGUCGCGCAAGAGCACCAUUCCAGAUGGUAAUUUUCUGCCAAAAGAGCUAGGUGAAGCUUUCAUUUCGGCUUAUUUCACACUUAUGCACCCUCAAGGCCCAGUACUCGUUGAAUGCGAAGUCCGACAGACCUGGGAUCUCCUCUGGGCUGGUCCAGCUCUGACGUCAGAACAUGACAGAAAGUUCGCGAAGGAGAAAUCGAUCCUCUACAUGGUUCUAGCCAUUGGUGCGAGAUUGACCGACCCUGGUGACGACUCACCCUCGUUAUUGGACGAUUGGGCCGAACAUUUCUACGAGCGUGCUGGGGUGCCCAUAGAGUCUUUCGAGGAGACGUCUCUUCUCAACACUCAUCUUGUAUUGUUGAGGGCACUCUACGCAAUGCAGAUCGGUAGGCCUAAUGCGGUAUACUUAUACCUUGGCCAUGCCUCACGUUCUGCCAUGGCUCUAGGUCUCCACCGUGCUCAGGUAGUCACGGGCAACGAUUUGUUCCUGAAUCGCCUUAGGUUGACAUUCUGGACGAUAUUCUACAUGGAGCGCAUGAUGUCGAUGUUCACCGGCAGACCGUCUUGCUUUCUCGACGAUCUGAUUGACGCUCCAUACCCAGAUGAUCUUCUGCCUACACACGGUGCAAGUCAAAAUGUGGAAUUCGCAUACAUACGUGCCAUGGCGGAACUUGGUAAGGUCAGUGAGCGGAUCAUGACAGGCAAUUACUCUCCAACUAGGACCAAAAAAGUCUCCGAUCUGACAGAGGUUAAUCGGUUGAACGGCGAAUGCUCAAAGGCAUUGCGUGACAUACUUGACACAUUGCCCUCGUAUUUGCACUUCUUCGACGACACUACACCCACUGGAAAUGCCUGGCAAGAAGUGCAGCGUAGUUGCAUUGGGGCGACUUACCACGUCGCUUCUAUACUGAUCAAUCGGCCUGCACUAGUGUAUGUUACAUUCUUCGAAUCGAAACAACAAGCCCAGGAUAGCAUUGGUGAUCGAAUCGACAUUCAGCGAGACAUCAACCUUACUGUCUCCUCAGCGAAGAGUCUGAUUUCUCUGGUCCAUGACAGUUUCUUCAACCGCUGUCCUGCAAUGAGAAGAGAUGGAAAUAUGGUGUACUUCAUCGUCUCUGCCUGUCUUGUUCUUCUCUUCGACGUCCUCGACACCGAAACAACGCCUGCUCACGCGAAGGAAGUGUUCCAGGCAGUAGAGAAAGGUCUGAAGUGCCUAGAUCGAGUCGACCACAUUGGUUCCACUACCGGUCGAGCAAUCAGUCUAGACGUCAUGAAGAUCGCGAAAGACGCUCUGAAGUCCACAGAACCUACGAGUCAUCUGGGAUCGAAUUUGAUGGAGUCAUUCACCUGGCUAAAUAAUGAGAUGUUUGACCAGACACCUUAUGACUCUGCAGGCUCUUGGCUAUAUAACUCACUAGAGAUGCCGUCGUUCGACUAUAGUAGUGUUGGUAUGGUUGAUCCGUUUGGACCUAAUGUCGAUCUGACUGCACCGACUGAUCCGAAUCAAACGGUGCUCGAUAUGAUGGGCCAAGGGCUGCAGGUCGCAGAUGGUAGUUAUAUGCCUUCGUACCCAGCACCGCAAGGUCCCUAGUCACAGCGAUGCUAUCGAUAUGUAUCGGGGCUUAGUCAAAUAUGAUCGUAUGGGUUCGCCGGUCGAGUAACGCAAGAUUAAACCCAAUAAAGAUUUUCGGCGCAUCGCGUCGCGUUGCUAUGCCUCUCCUAGAUGGCCGCCCAAUAGAAUUGCGUGCAAAAGCAACUGCUGGAAACAGUUAGGCUUGCGAGCAUAGUAGAAACAAGGAGUCGUUGCUUGUCGGAUCGCAUGGUUGUACCUAGGUGUCGAGAUUUGGUGACAUUGAAGAUGAGGGGAACCUCGGUGUAGCCGAACUUGACAGUUGAUACUCCAUAGCCAGUCACCCUCAACUAAUGAUAAAAUCGAACUUCACAUACUCGUACGAAGC